GUCCAAUGUGCAUGCAAUACCGUCCAAAUAUCCGCUCAUGCCAAGUGACCCAUCUGGCCAUCACACAGCGCUUGCGUCCAGACGUUUUUAUAUAAGGUGCAUAGCAGCGACAGAGAUCCUCCCAGUACAGCUCACACUUCAUUCUCAAGCGGCCUGCUGAGGGCUUCAUACCGCCCUAAUGCAAGAGGUCACCAUAAGACAAAGAAGUGCUUUCAAGCACUUUGUCAGCGUUGACAGUCCUGGAAAAGAACUGUGCUGGAACUUCUUCACAAGCAAGAAGAAUGUUUCCUUCGGUCUUUUCAAAAAAGUUAGCCCGUCGUCGACCGAAACAGGAACAUACGUGUUGCAAAGUGGAGCUCGUGGGGACGUUGGAAAAAGCAUCACGGUUCUUGGCGGUGACAACGAGAGGACGUCAACGCCAGCGUCGCCGAAACCAACUCGAGCCCGCGGGCUGAGCAAUGCGAUUCCGCCUUCGUCGUCUCCAGCUGGCGAAACUCCGGACACCACCCUGCUUUCUCCAACCUCAUUCAAGGACGUAUUCCAAGGCAAGUCCUUGGCGGAUUUCAACGAUCUUGCUGGCACGGUCCGACGUCGAAGAAAGGAAAGUGUCAUCGAAGGGGACCUGGUCGAAUUAGUUCCUGUCACACACUACGAAUCAUCUAAGUUCACCGUCAAAGGAAGCUAUUAUGUUGAGGAACCGGGCACAUAUGUUCUUCUGUGGGACAAUAGUUUCUCUGUGUAAGCACGGAGGAGGAGAUUCUGUUGGCACCUGGAGCUUCAACCGGCUGACCGUGACCAACAUAUGCAGAAACACGUCAAAGAAGCUCUUCUUCUUUGUUGCUUUGAAAAAUGUAGAGCCGUCUCAGGCGCCAGUGAAGAAGGAGAUAGAGAACUGGCUGCUCAAGAAAGG